CUUCUUCUUUUCCCUCCUCCUCCUCCUCGGUCCCGCGCGCUUCCUUUGCCGCGCCGCGCUCCGGGCAGGAGGCAGGAAGGGAGCGGCCGGAGGGAUGGAGCGGAUCCCGGCAGGGAUGCCGUAGCUCCCGGGAUAUCCCGACCCGCUGCCCCCCGCCGGGACGCGGUGAAGCUGCCAUUCCCAAAGCUCUCUGCAAUGGCCUCAGGGAAUGAGGGGGACCCUCCACAGGCGCAGGGACGCCGGGGGAGCCACGGACGCAGGGUCAGCUCAGAAGGCCGCGUGGCAGAGGAGGCUGAGGAGGUGUUCCGCAGCUACGCCUUCUACCGCUACCAGCAGGAGCGCCAGGAGCGCGGCGCGGAGCUGCCGCCCGACCCCGAGAUCGAGCAAAUCCAGCAGGACCUGGAGAGCACCAGGAGCCAGGUGGGGCAGCGCCUGGCCAUCAUCGGGGAUGACAUCUACAGGCGCUACGACGCCGAGUUCCGCACCAUGCUGGAGAGCCUGCAGCCCACCCGCGAGAACGCCUACAUGCACUUCACCAAAAUUGCCUCCAGCCUGUUUGAGAGUGGCACCAACUGGGGCCGGGUGAUCGCCCUGCUGGCCUUCGGGUACCGCCUGGCCAUGCACGUGUGGCAGCGCGGCGUCAGCGGCUUCCUGCGCCGCAUCGCGCGCUACGUGGCGGACUUCAUGCUGCAGCACCACAUCGCCCGCUGGAUCGCCCAGCAGGGAGGAUGGGAGGCCGUGCAGAACCUGGACAAUGUUUACGUGACCUACGUGCUGGUGGCAGCCGCGGUGGUGGUGCUGGGGCACCUGGUGCUGCGGCGCUUCUUCAGCCCCUGAGGGGAGCACCGACACCCCUGGCACAGGGGGGACCCCAGGAACCUCCAGGAGAGAGCGUGGCUUGGGGCUGGGACCCUCCUGCUGCAGGGGCUGGGGGCUCUGCACCCCCAGGAGAGGACUGGGGUGGGGUGGGGGGGGUUUGCUUUGUUGUGUUUGAUGCCUCAAAAUGGUGCUGAGGAGGGGACAUCCCUGGGAGGGGACAUCUCUGGGAUGGGGCACUUCUGGGAGGGGACAUCCCUGGUCCUACUGGCUGCUCUGGAGGAGCAGAGGGGUGUGACAAUGCCCUGUUGGGUCCUGUGCCCCUGGGGCAGGAGCAGAGCCCCCUCCCCAUCACUGACAGCUCCACCCUGGUGCCUGAGGGUGAUCCCAGCCCUGGCUGCUCCACCUCCUGCUGCUCCUGAGCCCAGCACUUGAGCCUUUCCCAGCACUUGAGCCUUUCCCAGCACCUGAGCCUUUCCCAGCCUUUCCAUGGACAAUCCCAGCCCUUUUCCAUGAGAACCCCCCUGGCUGGAGCUCUGCAGCUCCUGGGGCACAGCUGGGGAGCACCAGCAGCUCCCCCAGCACUAAAACCUGAGGGUGCCAGGACUGACAGUGGCCCUGUCCUCCUCCCGCCCCAGUUGGGCUCCCUGGCUCUUACUGGGAGCCACUGGAGCUCAGCCCAUCCCUGGAGCAGGGACCAGGCUCCUCUGGGCAGGGAUUUGUCCUGGUUCUGUUCCUGACCAUGCCUGAGGGAUUUUGGGGUGAGGAGGGGAGCCAGCUCCUCUCUCCCAUCCCAAACCCUCCUGAUUUCUGCAGAGCAGGGAAUUCAAGCUGGGUGUUCCCUGUCCUGCCCGAGCUGCAGAUGAAGGAUCCCUCCCUGUCCUCCCCUUGCAGCUGCCCAGGCUGAGCAGGACCAGCCUGGAUUUUUUAACUCUCCCAUUUCUCCUCUCCCUGCCUCUUUUUUAACAGAAUAACCAACUUUUUUUCAGCCUGCAUUCAUACCUGAGCUUGGCAUUUUUCUCCUGGCUGUUCCUGCAGGAUCCCUUUUCCCUGAUGGGAAUGCUCUGGGCUGUGCUCAAGUGAAAAGCAUUAAAAUAUUCCCUGUAUUAUUCCCACUCCUGCUCGGUUGUGCAGGGCUGCACAGCUUGGCCAUGCUCAGGUUUUGUGGCCCCAACUCAGAUUUUUGUGGCCCCCCCUGGCUGCUUUGUCCCUUGCAGGUCCAUUUCUCCACACGAAAUUCCCAUUCCCAUCGUGCCACCUCUUCUCCCAGCUUGGGAGAAGUUUAAUCUCGAGUUUUACCUCGAGUUUAAAGCCAUUUCUCUGCUGUGAACCAGUUUAACCAGUACAAUCGGUGCUUCCCCUCCUGCCCAGCUCCUUUUUGGGUGCAAACACCACCAGAUGGAGCCUUUUGGCCACCAUGGGGACGAGCCACCAGCCGUUAUUUCCCUUUUUUCUCCUAAUCAGCCCCUUCAUUGACAAAUCAUUGUCGGUUCUCUGCUUGGGUUUUGUCCAGCAGCACUUGGAAAAAAUAAAAAUCAGCUUUAAUUUGGUACUUGAGGCACACUCCUGGAAGUCCAGCGGAUCAGGGAGAGCUUCUGCUGCUCAUUUCAUUCCCAUUUCCCAGCUAAAGGCUCCCCUUGCAGCUGUGAGGCCAUAAAGGAUAUUUUUGAUGGGAAAGGGCUGAGCCUUGGUGAAGGCCAGGACAGAGGGGAGAACUUUUCCAUGGGUGCUGUACAAAGGAAAAAUUCCAUUUUCUCCGUUUUUCUCAGGGGAUUUGCAGAGGGAGGAGCCUCUCUUUGCACUGUGUGGGACACACUGGGGUGGCUUGGACCUGCAAAAAAAAAAAAAAAAAACAAACGAAAAAACCAAACCAAAAACAUCUUUUUACAAAGAACCUGUUUUUAAAUGACGUAAUAUAUAAAAAAAUAUCUAUCUAUGUCAAAAUAAAAAUGGUACACUGAGUGCAAACUCA